CCGUCGUCGUCUUCGGUGCCGGCGAGGCCGGACAACGUCGCGGAAGCCACGGCCGCCACGAGCAAUGGACUCCCCGUGCUCAACCCUACCGCCGCGUUACCUUCGCCAGCAGUACGUGCCAUCGCCGGGUACGGCCACCCGGCCACCACCGGCGUCGCCGCCGCGAACGCCAUGGCGGUGCGUGCUCCCGGUGGAGAACCUGGGAGGAACACGCUGGAGAUGCUCUUGCGCUUCGCUAGAUGGAAUAGCCACCCGCCGCCACCGCCAUGGGCACAGAGCUUUGCGGCGGGCAUGUCCCCGCGGGGCCAGCCGCUGGUCCACUCUCCCUCCACGACGUCCCCCGGGUGGGCCCCCUCGUCGUUCGCCUCCGGGACGCCGGCGGGACCGAAUGGCGGCGGCGGCAGCAGCAGUGUUGGCGGCCGUGGCGCUGCCGCCGUCGCCCACUGGUACGAUCCCGGUCCCGGCAGUAGCGGCGCGGGGCGCGGGAAACCACAAGACGCGAGGCCCCUUCAAAUCACUGCGGCCGCAACCGCCGCCACCGGAUCCAGCUCAGCCAGCAAGACGAAGUCGCCGCCACUGGCAGGCGACAGCGCACAACAUGAACGCCUGGCGCCUGUGCUCGCGAUGCCGACUACCCAGGGGAAGGUCGCCGCGGCGGCGAAUGGCCGCGCCAGGAUGCGCGCGCCCAAGGCCGACAUCGGUGGCAGCAGCAGUAAGCCGGCGCCGUCCAGGAAGCCGAGGCAGAGGGCCGCCAGCAAGCAGCGAAUCGGCGCUGGCGCGAGCCUCGCCGUCGUCGAGAACCAGCCUGCUGGGCCGGCGAAAUCCGGCGCCAGCACGGACGCGCAGAGCAGUGGUCUUCAGAUCGUCCCUGUUCCGCCGCCGGCAGGCAACGGCAGGAAGAGGAAGCAGAACGCUUCCGCGGGGCCGACAAGAUUCAGCAGCCUGGGCGCCAGGAGGAGCGCCGUGAACGCGGUGGCACCGCCGGCGCCGGCGCCGGCGAAGAAGCACACCAUCCUGACAUGGCUCAUCGACGGCGGCUUCCUGUCCGACGGAGAGACGGUGUACUACGUUCCAGGGGACAGCGGCGGCGCGGGCAAGGAGAAGAUCGUGUCGGGCGCGGUGACCCGAGCCGGCGUCCACUGCAACUGCUGCGACGCCGUGGUGCCGCUGCCGGUGUUCGAGGUCCACGCCGGGCGCGUCCCCGGCACCGGGCAGCAGCAGCAGCAGGUGGCGUGGGAGAAGCUCCUCCUCGUGUCCGGCGACUCCCUCCUGCAGUCCAUGCAGGAGGCGUGGCAGAACGAGAAGGUGAGGACCUUCCAUGCGCAGGCCAAGGUGAGGGCCGCGCUGGAGCAGGAGGAGGAGAAGAACUCGCAGGCCAAGAGGAGGCUCCUCGCCAAGCAUCAGAAGAAAGGGGUUGUCGUCGAGAGGAUCAUGUCUCCUAGGAUGGAGAAGAUCAAGGCAGGCGAGAAGGACUCCAGCGACGACGCCUGCGGCGUCUGCGCCGACGGCGGCGAGCUCCUCUGCUGCGACUUUUGCACCUCCACCUUCCAUCCGGAGUGCCUCGCCAUUGAGGUUCCAGAUGGCUCGUGGUCGUGCCACUACUGCCGGUGCACGCUGUGCAUGUCGAACGACGAUCAGGACCUGUCCACAUGCCAGGAGUGUGCUUGCAAGUAUCAUGAGAGCUGCCGUCCAUUGCUAGGCAACGGGCGCGACAUCGGCGCGUACUGUGGUGAGAUCUGCAAGAAGCUCUCCGCUAAGCUUUCAGAAGUUAUAGGUGUGAUGAACAGCACGGAGGAUGGUUUCUCGUGGUCGCUCUUGAGAAUUCACGAAGACGAACCAGCCAGCUCCCAAGGAAUGCCUGCUGUUCUGGAACGCAACGUGAAGCUUGCGGUGGCACUCGGUGUGCUCAACCAGUGCUUCAAUCCAGUGAAGGAUCGGCGCACAAAGAUCGAUAUGCUCCAUCAAGCCGUGUAUAGCCUUGGGUCUCAAUUUAAACGGCUAAGCUAUGAAGGGUUCUAUACAAUGAUUCUAGAGAAGGAUGGGGAGAUCGUUUCAACAGCCCUGCUGAGGAUCCACGGCAGGAAAGUGGCGGAGAUGCCCUUCGCAGGCACACUGCCAGCUUACCGCAAGCAAGGAAUGAUGCAUCGCGUGGUCAGCGCAGUCGAGCAGGUGCUGGCUUCAGUUCAAGUGGAGACCCUGAUAAUACCUGCCAUAGCCUCUAUGGUGGACACAUGGAAGAGGUCCUUCUCUUUCAGGCCGGUGGAUCCCCAACUGAGAGAGGAGCUCAAGAGGCUCAGCCUUGUGGUGAUCACCGGCACCACCAUGCUCCACAAACCUGUCGCUUCGCCGCCGCCGCCGCCGCCGCCGCCGCUGCCGCUGCCGCUGCCGCAACUGCUGCCUCCAUCGCCCCAACAAGCAGGGAGCUCAGAGGAAUGGUGGCGCAAGUACGCGGACCCGGCGGCGCGCCUGACCGACGACGAGCGGGCGUUCCUGGAGAUGGACCCAGACACGGCGCCGCCCUUCCGCUACGCCGACCUCGUCAGAGGCAACGUGUCCCUGCACAACUUCUGUCGCGCCGGGAACUCGUCGUCGUCGGCCUGCGGCGCCGCCGUGUCCCCAGGGGGAAGGAGCAUCAGCGCUGCCCUGCCCGCGGGGCCGGGAGGUAGUGCCGUGCAGCCGGGAGCUGGCGGUGGCAGCGGCUGGCGUUCUUGCGGCGAGGCUGCGAGCGCCAUGGCGCCCCAGCCCAGCUACCCGCGCCGCGACCGCAGCGGUCUACUCCAUGGCAUGAAGUGACCGAUCCACCCACUGCCACUGGCCUGGGCGACUUCUGUGCUGCGGUGGACUGUUGUGUAAUUCAGCUCUGACUCUGAGAAUGAAGAUGAUGCGGACAUGCUCUGAUACUCUGUUGUAUUGAUUAGAGAACUAAAUGCUUUAUUACUUGAGAGGAAUUUGGUGCUUAAUUGGU